ACCUCCUGAGUGCUAACUAACCAAUCUAGCAAUGAACCUAAAUGGCUCUUGGUUGAAGCUUGAGAACCUCAAGCAACAUUCUUCCCAUCCUGCAUGUCAUAGCACCAAGAUCUGGUCGCUGUAGAAGUAAGCAUAUACAACGAAUUCGCCUUGGUGGUGAAUCUGCGCAAGGAUGGUUUACCAAUCGCCCGUCUUUCCGACCCAGGAUGACACCAACAUCUCAAUUCCCCAAUUCAUGACGCGAUAUAAUCCAGACGAGGUAUCUGCAAAUAAGGUUGUUCAUACUGACUUGUUCUCGAAACAGCCUAUUACGUAUGGUUCACUCCGCGACCAAGCUGCUCGUGGUGCCUGGGGCUUACGAAAACGGGGGUUGAAACCAGGCAAUGUCCUGCUAGCAUUGGUGAACAACAGUAAUGACUUCGUUCUUUUGGCUCAUGCAACAUGGUGGACGGGUGCUAUCUUCGCUCCUCUCAAUAUAUCGGCGACUCUGGAUGAUAUUUCGCAUAUUCUUCAGAUCGUUAAACCAACCCAUGUCGCGACCAUUGCUCCAAAGCUCGAUCUCGUCAAGGCCGCCUUGGCUUCCAACUCAAUGACAAAAAUAAAGAUAAUGACUGUUCUCAGCAAGAUAGAUAGCUUUCCGCAGUUCCCGGAUGAUGUUAUCAGUAAAGGAGCUGCAGAAACCUUGCCUCCUUAUGACCUGCAAGGCAAAAGCUCUAAGGAUGUCACCAGCACCAUAUGCUUUUCUUCUGGAACGACUGGAAGGAUAAAGGGAGUGCAGCUCUCGCAUCACAACCUUAUUGUGAAUGCUAUAACAAUGCGUAUUUCCAUGCCAGACCGAGUCAACUCUACUGUAAGAGAGGUAUUCUUCGCGCCAUAUUGCCACAUAUAUGGCCUAACAAUCUCGGUAUUGGCUGGCAUGUGGGUUGGGGCCUUAUAUUGCGGUCUUCCAGCUUUCGACCUUGAAACGUUUUGUCAAAAGUCGAGCGAACUCAAAGUUACAGACUUGCAUCUUGUUCCCCCAGUGGCGCUUGCCAUGGCUGUAUCUCCCGUCGCACAUAAAUAUGACCUUCCGUCCUUGAAAAGAAUUGUCAUCUCUGCCGCGCCUUUGAAAAAAGCAGUGCAGCUUUUACUCAAGAAGCGGCUUCCGCAUACCAGCGUUUGCCAAGGUUAUGGGCUCUCCGAGUGUACUGGAGGCAUCAUACAUCAGAUAGACGAAGACAAUCUCGCUUCCGGAAGCGUUGGAAAGCUAUUCGCUGGCGUAGAAGCUCGAUUGGUAGACCCAAAGACAGGAGCGGAUGCCCGCCCGGGCGAAGAGGGUGAACUGUGGGUUCGUGGAGCGGUAGUAAUGCAGGGUUAUAUCGGUGACAAAGCGGCGACAGAGCAGACUUUUUCAGACGGAUGGCUCAGAACAGGAGAUAUCUUGAAGAUAGACGACCAACAAAAUUUCUGGGUUACCGAUCGACUGAAAGAGAUGAUCAAGUACAAGGGAUUCCAAAUCCCCCCAUCCGAACUCGAAGACCUACUCUUGCGCCAUCCAGACGUAAUCGACGCCGCGGUCUGUGCAGUCUACGACGAUGCUCAAGCUACCGAAGUGCCUCUCGCCUACGUGAGCUUGAGCGCUGACAAGGUCGAGAUACCGGAUAACGAGAAGCAGAAAAUUCUUGACAGUAUCCGAUCCUGGACAGAUAACCAAUUGGCAGGAUACAAAAAGCUGAGAGGAGGCGUGUUCCAUCUGCAGACUUUGCCCAAAACUCCCACCGGCAAAAUUUUGAGGCGGCUUUUGCCUGCGAAGUUGAAAGAGGAGAGGGAAGCUAAGCUUUAGACGGUCAUUCGGGGGAAGAGGUUUUGAAAAAUUUUUUUGAAGGAGCAUGUGAAUGCUACUUUUAUGCUGUUCGACUAUACUUUCCUAUGCUAUAGAGAGUUUUUGCUUAAAAAUCGAUGCAUUGAUAUUUACUUGUUAAUUCGGAAAGGUAAUUUGACAAUCCAUGUCAGCACUAAUAUCGGGCACCUGACACAUUCAAUGUUUGAUAUUAGAAAAAGC